CAUCCUGUUUCACCGCAAACAUCGCCGACGCAAGCCUUGUUCUCCACGGCAAUCGACUCCGCUUGGUCGAAUUACAUACAGAGGAGACCACUCUCGAGGUCAUCAGACCUAAUCUCGUUCUAGGACGGCCGUCCCGACUUGGGCCUGGCCGUGGCUCGUGGCAGCCUCAUGGAGGUAGACCGCACAAUCGAAAUCCGAGGGGAAGAGAGGGUAGUGAGACAGCAGCGGAAGAACCACAUCCGCGGGAUACUGCUAAUCAGCCAGCUGUUGAGAAAGGGUACCACCGAGGCAGCUGGAAAACCUGUGCAAUCUGUGGUUGCUGAUGAAGUUGAGCUCCUCGAAAAGGGUAGAGAGCACGUUGAAGGCAUCCGAGAGAGAGCAUCGAAACGCGGGAAACGACAGCCUGCUGCUGCUGCUGCUGCUUCAUCUGCUGCGGCGAAGAAGGCGAAGCGCAAGGGGGCGGACGCAGCUCUCUCCGACCCUCUAGCAUUGGCUCAUGAUGGCGGGACCAGAAGCGGUGCUACCCCAGAGACUUCGAGGGAGGAAGCGGUUGCGGAGGAGCGUCGUUCCAGCGCGAUGGAUUUGAUGCAGAACGACCCCGUGUUGAUGGAGCGAGUACGGGCCAUGCUGGAUGCUGGCGCGGCAGAGCAGGCAGCAGCUAAGGUGGCGGCGAUCGACGCGGCCAACACUCGUGCACUCCGCGCGUCGUUGCAAGCGCUGAAGCAGCACUGCAACAGCUCGAUAGGGUGGACCACUUACCAGACAGCGCUCGCUGGCGAGCUGUUGAUCGAGACGGACUUCAUCGAGAAGUACAGGCAUGAAGCACGCGUCGUGCUGACAUGUGCUACCGCACCAACAACGACCAUGAUGGUGGCCCUUGUACAUCACAGCCCCGACAACCGUGGGGAGCACGAAACAGACGCUUGGAUUUUUUUGUCCAGCGAUCCGAACCAUGACUUCGACUUCCAUCACGCAGCGAUGGAGGUCGUUGUUGCGCACUACACGACGGGACCGAAGUCUGCGGCCACCGCUGGGAGUGCGGCCCCACGAGUGCACAUGUUUACGGACGGGUGCGGCAAGCAGUACAAGGGGAAGCGGAACUUUCGAGCAGUGGCGCAGAGCCUGAGGAGGCUUGGUGUCCGCAUUUUGCACAACUUCGCCGUCACUUCUCACUUCAAGGGCACGCAUGAUGGCAUCGGGGCGCUCAUGAAGCGCCUACUUCGGAACGCGGAGAUGCAUGGCACGCGUAUCCCCGACGUCGACGUCGCGCACGAGUUUCUUCUAGGCUACGCCGUGGAGGCGGACAAGGCGCGUGAAGGCCACUUCACAACCUGGUCCCCUUACCGGAUCAAGAGCUUCGAGGUCAGGAAGUUUGGCCCCAAGGAAAUUCCUCGCCCACCGAUAGAUCUGACGGGGAUCCCUGGAAGUUCCAAGCUGUACUUUUUCACGGGAACAGAGGACGAGCAGGAGGACGUGCAGGAUACCUUUAGUCUUGUGUGGGCUACUAGUGUGGGGGUGCAGACAGACGAUUUUGUGGUGGGAGCGGCCGGAGACAAGGUGUUGACGGCUAGGAAGUGGGUGGUAGACGAGUCCAGGGCAAGGAAAUGGGCCGCCCCCAAGAAGUUCACCAGAUCUUGGAAGUUGCGGGUUCGGGGCGCAUCGUGCUACUGCUCGACUUGCCGAAUAGGCUGCUACGGUGACUGCAUGGUAGCGAAGGUGUACCCCGACUUGGUUGGCGAGGUGAUGGAGAAGUCGGGAAAAGAGAUGGUUGGGAGACGCACGCUUGGGACUCAAUUGACCGGCGUUAUUCUUCCGGUCAUAUCUUCGGACGAGUCCCCAGUGGCGCCUACGCUUGACGAGAGCAUGGGGGAGGUGGGUGGGGGAGGGGAGAAGGAAGAUGAGGGAGAGGAGGAGGACGAUGAGGGGGAGGAGGAGGAGGAGGAGGAGGGGGAGGAGGAGGGGGAGCGGGAGGAAGCGCAAUACGUAAGCUCAAGAGGUCGCGUAAGUAUCGCGAAGAAGAGGUUCCCGGAGGUGGGCUAG